AUGUAUUUCUGUCUAUUUAGUCUAUUCACACCUAUCUAUCUAUCUAUCAACUCAAUUCGCAUCUAUUUAAACUAUCUAUCUAUCUAUCUAGUCUAUUCACAUCUAUCUCUCUCUUUCCAUUUGUUUAGUCUAUUUACAUCUAUCUCACACCUAUCUAUCUAUCUAUCUAUCUAUCUAUCUAUCUAUCUAUUCAAUUCAAAUCUAUUUAGUCUAUUCACAUCUAUCUAUCUAUCUCGUCUAUUCUCAACUAUCAUUUUUUUCUAUUUGUUUAGCAUGUUUACAUCUAUCUAUCUAUGUCUAUUUAAGUCACUUCAUAUAUUUCUAUCGAUUUACUCUAUUCACAUCUAUCUAUCUAUCUAUCUAUCUAUCUAUCUAUCUAUCUAUCUAUCUAUCUAUCUAUCUCCGACUCUUCAUAUAUCUAUCUAUCUAUCUAUCUAUCUAUCUAUCUAUCUAUCUAUCUAUCUAUCUAUCUUAGCCUACAGGGUAUCUAUCUAUCUAUCUAUCUAUCUAUCUAUCUAUCUAUCUAUCUAUUUAAGGAGACCUUCAGGUUUUGCAGGAGAUUCUGAAGUCAGGAGUGUUAACUGGACGUUUCUAUCUAUCUAUCUAUCUAUCUAUCUAUCUAUCUAUCUAUCUAUUUCGAAUUUCAAAACAAUUUUCGCAGGAAAUAGUAAAUUUUAUCUAUCUAUCUAUCUAUCUAUCUAUCUAUCUAUCUAUCUAUCUAUCUAUCUAUUCGAAUUGGAUUAUAUUCUAAUCUAUUAUAUCUAUCUAUCUAUCUAUCUAUCUAUCUAUCUAUCUAUCUAUCUAUCUAAUUGA